GGGGACAGGACUAUGCGCCUGGAGGAAAAGGAGGAGGAGAUAAAAAAGAGACCAUAGACUUCCACCUGGGCCUAGAGCGGUUUUUAAAGUAGGGGCGAGAGGCAGGCGGGUUGGGACCGCCUCAGUACAGGCCGCCGGCGGUAUCAUGGCGACCCGGAACCCCCCUCCCCAAGAAUAUGAAAGUGAUGAUGAUUCUUACGAAGUGUUGGAUUUAACUGAGUAUGCCAGAAGACAUCACUGGUGGAAUCGAGUGUUUGGCCACAGUUCCGGACCUAUGGUAGAAAAAUACUCGGUAGCCACCCAGAUUGUAAUGGGUGGAGUGAGUGGCUGGUGUGCGGGAUUUUUGUUCCAGAAAGUUGGAAAACUUGCAGCAACUGCAGUAGGUGGUGGCUUUCUUCUCCUUCAGAUUGCCAGUCACAGUGGCUAUGUGCAGAUCGACUGGAAGAGAGUGGAAAAAGAUGUAAACAAAGCAAAAAGACAGAUUAAGAAACGAGCAAAUAAGGCAGCACCUGAAAUCAAUAACAUAAUAGAAGAAGCAACAGAAUUUGUCAAACAGAACAUUGUGAUAUCCAGUGGAUUUGUAGGAGGCUUUUUGCUAGGCCUUGCAUCUUAAGAAUAUGUUCUAUCACAGUGAAGUCACCUCUGAGAAGAGAAGUGGUGGUGACAAGAUGGUCUCAUCAUUACACAUUGACAGAUUCUCCAGGAUGACAAGAAACAACUAGCUGGACAAUACCCAACUCACUGCUUAGCAUUUUGCCAUCUGAAAUUUAGCAGACUAGUAUCUGCUAUAAAAUAACCUGUAUGGUAUAUGGAUAAUAGUAUCCCUGAGCAAAACAUGGCUUUCAUUAUUUUUUAAGAAUUUGUGUUUGUUUAAAAUUUGAAUAUAAAACACUACUGUUGGAUGUAGAUAUGGAGAGAAAAUGAAUUGUUGGAUGUAUUCCCCAGUAAAAUAUUAUCCUCAUUUUAUUUAAAUAAAAUGUUUUCCAUUGUG